CAGCGGUGCCCGCUGCAUGGUGUGCCGCGCCGCCCUGGCCGGCCUGGCCGGCGGCUGGUCUGUGCAGAGCUGCUACACCAAGCACGGCCAGCAGGUGUUCCUUACCCUGCUGAUGGACAUCCUGCUGCCUGGCGGAGACGUGGCCAGGGUGUCCGGCUGUGACGACCGCGUCUGCGAUGGCUGCGCCUCGCUCCUGAACGAGGUGGACGAGUGCAGCCACAAGCUGCGCGCCGCUCGCCAGCAGAUCCGCGACAAGUACAAGAUGGCCGCGCUGGCCGCCGGCGACGCCGCCAUGGCCCACCAGGUGGUGGCCGCGGCAGCCAGGGACGUCAGCGGCCAGAAGCACGAGGUCGCCCUACUGGAGGAGACGGAUCUCAUGGAGCAGGUCGCUGGGAGCUCACCUGUUCAAGAGUCUCCUGCUAAGGCAGACGAGUUGCAGCCGGUGGAGGAGGCGUCUAGCGCCUCGCUGCGCCGAGCGACACUGCGCUGUCCUACCUGUCCGCGCCGGCUCAGGACGCCCGCUCUGCUGGCCAGCCACGCGGCCAAGUGCCGACCACCGGCCGUCGCCGACGUCGCCGACGUCGCCGCCGACGUGGCGGGCGGCGCCAUCCCGGCCGACGUCGAGCCCCAGCUGUCCUGCCACUGCGGCGAGCAGUUCGGCACCGCCGCCCAGCUGACGCUGCACAAGCGCACGCGCCACUGGGACGCCACCAAGUACCUCUGCGACGUUUGUAACGUACAGCUGAAGAAUCCGCGAGCGUUCGUCGAGCACAUGCGCAAGCACGGCGAGACGCGGCCGUUCCGGUGCGACGAGUGCGACAAGCGCUUCACGCUGGCCAGCAGCCUGCGCACGCACCGGCGCUUGCACACCGGCGACAAGCCGUACCAGUGCGAGCUGUGUGGCCGAGCCUUCUCGCAGCACACCUCGCUGCAGAGCCACCGGCGCACGCACACCAACCAGCGGCCGCACGCCUGCGACGAGUGCGACCGCACCUUCCGCGAGACGCACGCGCUCAAGAAGCACAAGCUGAUCCACUCGGGUGAGAAGCCGUACCGCUGCGAGCUCUGCGACCAGCGCUUCCGGCAGAAGGGCGUGCUGCAGCGGCACAUACGCACGCACACGGGCGAGCGGCCGUACCGCUGCGACCAGUGCGACGGCGCGUUCAUCGAUUCUGGCGCGCUCAAGAUGCACAAGAUCCAGCACACGGGCCAGAAGCCGUUCUACUGUGAGCACUGCGGCAAGGGCUUUUCCGACUCGUUCUGGUUCAACAAGCACAAAAUGUACCACAGCGGCGAGCGGCCUUUCCAGUGCGACGUCUGCCCCAAGGCGUUCACGGACGCACGCAUCCUGCGCCACCACAAGAAGCUGCACUCAGGCGACCGGCCCUACAUCUGCUACGUGUGUGGCGCGCGCUUCAGCAACUCGUCCCACCUGACGCGUCACAACCACAUCCACACUGGCGCCAAGCCGUUCGGGUGCGACGUGUGUCGACAGACGUUCCGCGACAAGUCGACGCUGAAGCGACACCUGAAGACGCACAGUUGUCGCAAGACGCUCAGCUGUCCCGACUGCGCGCGCACCUUCCCGCGGCGCGACGCGCUGUUGGCGCACCGCCGCGAGCCGUGUGUGGAUGCGCUGGCGCUGGCCGUGAGCGCCGCCGGGCCGCCGGGCUUCACGCACUCCGAGAAGCCGCUCUACAGCCUGAAGCCGCUGCAGCCGGAGCUGCCCCAGCAGCAGCAGCAGCCCCAGCCCCAGCAGCAGCCCCAGCAGCCUCAGCAGCAGCAGCAGGAACACCAGCAGCAGCCCCACCAGCAGCAGCAGCAGCAGCAGCAGCAGCAGCAGCAGCCUCCACAGCAGCACAUGAUGCAACAGUACUAGCAGCCGCACCCGGGGGUGGCACAGCUGUGGAGUGGCGAGGCGGGACGGCGUGCUGCUGCCGUCGGCGGACGGGUGGCACAGCUGUGGAGUGGCGAGGCGGGACGGCGUGCUGCUGCCGUCGGCGGACGGGUGGCGGCACCUCCGUGCCACCCUGUCAUCAUCAGUCAUGCGUGCAGCUACAGAAGCUCGCCGAAUUCUUACCCCAGCAUGGUGGCCGCGACGUUUAAGUGUGGUCAACGUAUCGGCACGCGCCGGCUGGUCGUUGAUCUGAUGUUUUUAUACAGGCAUGCGUCGCAACUGUUGACAAGACGUCUUUUGGUAGUGUGAAUCCUUUACUCCCAUCUUUCGUCUCGUAGUUGCCCUCAGUCGUGCGUUUUGCGAUGUUUGUUUUUUCCGCGGGCGCUGCAGACAUAUUAUUGAGCAUCGUUUUUCAAUAACACAGCAGCGUUGACAUU